AUGCCCGCCACUCGCGACUGGUCCUCACGCCUGCCGCUCGCGGCUGGUCCUCGCGGCUGGUCCUCGCGCCUGCCACUCGCCACUUGUCUCCACGAUUCGCGAUUCAUGGGGACAAUUCGCGAAUUGCGAGUCGUCUCCACUGGUCGCGAAUCGUGGAUACGACUCGCGACUCGUGGAGACAAUUCGCGAAUUGCGAGUCGUCUCCACUGGUCGCGAAUCGUGGAUACGACUCGCGACUCGUGGAGACAAUUCGCGAAUUGCGAGUCGUCUCCACUGGUCGCGAAUCGUGAAUACGACUCGCGACUCGUGGAGACAAUUCGCGAAUUAGUCGUAUUCGCGACUCGCGAAUCGAUGGGAACUUUGGAUGAGCUAUUCCCUGGCCCUGCCCUGCUUCACCCUGGAAUAUCUGCAAAUUGCUCCACCCAUUCCUCCCAAUCACACCCUUUUCCUUUCUCAAGUGAGAUGAGCUUCUGGAUUGAGCACUCAUUCCCCAUUCUUCAUCAUACCUGGGACAUGGUAUCUGACCAGCCAUUUAGCUUUGCUGAUGGUCCAGGUUGGAUUUACAUUUUCCUGGAAGGAAAUGUAACAUACAAGGUUGGGCGCACAAACAACGUAUCACGUCGUAUUCGUGAAUGGAACCGAAGCUGCCAUACAUCUCCUAAAACAUGGUUGGCUGCUAUUUGGACCCCUUAUGCCCACCGAACUGGUGGGACAACUCACAGUGAGAAAUUCAUAUUCAUGGGUCCAAGAAAUAGUAUUUCAUUGCAACACUGA